AUGAGCAGUCUCUUCAAGCAGAAAGACUGGUAUGGAGCUCUUCGCUACACUGAUCUCCUCAUUACCGCCAAAGCUCUCAAAACGCUUGAGAAUUUCCUUGAACACAACCCUUCCAAAGCUGCCGAUCAAUUUUGGUGUGCUGUCUUUGCUCAGCUAGAAAGGUCCUGGUAUUCCGAGAAGGACACACACAAGGCCAUAACCGAUCUAAUUUCUAGAGCAUUGUCACAAAUCGACCGUAAGAGACGGCUCCCGUGGAUAUGGAUCAACAUGCUUGCUGAAUUUUUCCAUCAGCCUGAUUGGAAGGGGCAUGCUAAGCCGCCUAAACUCAGAUUUCUUAAGAAAAAGACGAAGCUAGAUCCUGGGUUCACCCCAUUCUUUUCCAUCGAGAUAACUGGCCCGAGGGAAGAAUCGCAGUUAUUGGAUGCUGCAUUGCCAAGUUGCUUCGAAGCAGUGGAGUUUUAUGCAGACAGUGAAUUGGCAAAUAUGUACAAGAAAAGUCACUUGGAAAUCAGACGUCUCUCUGGCGAGUUACUUGACAUAGAUCAGUGCUACAUCAACUUUGCCAUCGUCGAAAUUUCCUCAGAGCGCAAAGCUACUUCAAGCGAUGUUGGACUGCCUUCCGCAUUCACUCUGUCCGAGCGCUCUCUUGUUACCUCGACAACUUCCGACAAGAUGAUUGGUUUGCCUUCGCUUUUUGACAAGCGCCAAGUAAACGGAAAGAAUACUCAGCCACGACGAAUCCUGAUUCACGGAAGUGCAGGCGUAGGCAAGUCAACUUUGUGCAAGAAGAUUGUACACGACUUCAUUUGUGGUGAGCUGUGGAGCGAGUUGUUUGACCGUAUAAUUUGGUUACCUCUGCGCGAUCUUAAGGAGAAACCGACCCUACAGGACCUAAUCGAUACUUAUCUUCAAGAUUCUUCGUCACGAUUGGAUAGGAAAAUUCUUGUCGCUGCAUUGCGAAAGCUGGUGAAUUCACCCGAGAGCAAUAGCAGAACAGUCUUGCUACUUGACGGGCUAGACGAGAUUCCACCCGAAUCAAUGUUGAGUGCAGCCGUUAAACUUGCUGAACCACCAUAG